AUGCUGAUGCAGUCGUACGUGGAGACGCCGCAGCAGGAAUUGGAUCAGGCGUACGAGGAGUUGACGCGGCAAGAGAUGAUGCACCCGGUGGCGAAGCCGGAGUACGAGGUGCCUCCGUACGAGGUGCAGACGCAUCCGUACGUGGCGACGAAGCAGCCGGACGUGGCGACGAAGCAGCCGGACGUGGCGACGAAGCAGCCGGACGUGCCGACGAAGCAGCCGGACGUGGCGACGAAGCAGCCGGACGUGACGAAGGCGCAGGAGGAGCUGAAGCGGGGGUCUUUGUCUCUGGAAGAAGAGGAGGAGGAGAGCGAUGUGGGAAAGAGGAACAAUGGGAAGGGUAAAUGGCAAUCAAGCCCAUAA